UGCCCAAUACAAAUAAACAAACAUCCAUAAAACAAUAAACUAGUAGAAAAUUCCGAAAGUUUUAGCCCUCUGCAAACCAGAUAUUUAUCUUUGGCAUUCAUAUUCUGAUUCAUAUUCCCAGAGUGAUCCAGAUUUUCAGUGUAUUUUCAAAAUUCCUGAUAGAUACUUCCUGUUGCCGCUAUUACUUUAUUUAUUAAUACAAUGAAUAAUACAAACAAGAAUUCAUGCGAGCGAAAAGUUUUUUCCGAAAGGGACAAAUUGUUGCUUAUAUCAUUAGUUGACAGUUAUAAGCACAUACUAGAAAAUAAGAAAACAGAUGCCACCAAUGUCGAAAAGAAAAAUGGGGCCUGGAAGGAAAUUACAGAUCUAUAUAAUGCAAAUGAUGUUUGUCCUAGAACUGAUAAGCAAUUGAGAAAAUUGUGGGAGAAUUUGAAAGAAAGAACUAGGAAAAGUGAUUCAGAAAUGAGAAACAGUUUAAUUCAAACUGGAGGUGGAUCACCAGUGGAAAGUGAAGAUAAUCCAAUAAAUGAACGAGUUCGGUCAGUUGUCCCUACAAUUAGUUAUGUAAUUGAAAAUGAGUGGGACAGCAAUUCUGCGAUCCUUUCCGAGAAUUCUCAACUUCAAUCUGAACCCAACGCAUCUCAAGCAUUUAUUGAAGUUACUGAUGCACAGUCGAAUAUGGGCGACAUAGACCAAGAUAAGGCUGAAAUAAAAAAAAGCAAGAUACCACUAAAGCAAAAAAUUCACUAUAAAAGUUUUUCUAAAGGCUAAUCCAUCGCUUGGUCGAUCAUUAACAAUAACAUCAUUCAAGUUUCUAGCAAUGUUGUGUAAAAUUGCUGUUGCACAUACAGGGUGACUUUGAAGUUGAGUCAUUAAUUUUCAGAUAAUGAUUGUAGAAGGAAGAUAAACCAAAAUAUGUGUAAAAAUAAAAAAAAAUUAAAAAAAAAUUUACCUUGUUUUAUAAAGUAUCCUCCCGACAAGUAUUUCA